GUCUCUGAAAUGAGCCGGGCACGCAGACGCUGGAGGAAGGCGGUGGCUGUGGGCGUCCGUGACUUUCUUCUGCCCAUUUAUCUCCUCCCACGUUGUGCCUCCCCCUACCGCAUCUCCGAGAACAAGGACUCUGCUUCCUCUAAGGACACUCACACCCAAGGAUCAUGGACUCCUUCAGGAGGGGAAGUGAGCGUUACCUCUGAGGCCACCUUGACGAUCCCUCGGGUCUCUGGUCUUCCAGGAAGUCAUUGGAGGGAGAGAACCAUGAUAGUCUAGGCCAGUGCUCUCCAAUAUCGCAUCCAUCAAAUGCUUGAACUGUCCUUUUUCAAGGUCACAGACACAAAGAGAGCUUUAAGACCUCUAGAGAGAGCAGACACGUGAAGGCAUGAAUAUGGGCGUUUCUCUGGGGGUAAACCCGUGUAGAAGCCUACCAAUGGGCAAGCCACGUGAAUACGUGAGCAGACGUGUGAUGGUUUCUGGGAGUGUGUAUGAGUGUGGGGAAGUGAGCAGAUGUGUGGAUGAGAGUGAAUGUUUCCAAGUGUUCCUCUGUCUGGGGGCCCCGGGAGAGGGGACACCAUGUCCAGGAUUAGGUCAAGGGGUGCGUCUAGCCUCUGUUCCAGACAUGGGUGGAGCUCCAGUGGCUGGUCCCCUUGCCUCACAUCCGUUCCUGUCCUCCACGGGGCCUUGAAGAAGUAGAACUUCUUGGGGUGGAGCUGAGGGGUGGGACUGGGGCAGGGGGCAGGAAGAUGUGGGAGACCUAGGAAUCCUGCCUCCAAGUCCAGAUACCCCAAACCUAAAAGGCAGGACUCCCAGGGGGGGCCAGAUUCUCUCUUGAGAGGGGCAGGGGAUGAAGGUCAUAUGGGUAGACACAUACAUAGUUUCCUGUAAAGUUUGUGACCAUCCUUUAAAAUUUUUAAAAUUUAUAUAUAUUGAGUCUAAUUGGUGUAUAAUGAUGUGUGCGAUUGAGGUAUACAGGUGCGGACUUGAUAUAUUUGUUUAUUACAACAUGAUGACCGUGUAGCAUUGACUAACAUUUCUGUUGCUGGUUCCUGAUUGUGGUGGUUCCUGUCUCUGGAUCUAUGGGCUUCUCCUGCUUGGCGCUCCCGGGGACCUCUGGUCUCCUAAGACCCUCUUGAUCUGGGGUGAGGGGCAGUGAGGUUGUCCCAGGGCUGGAGGGUCCUGGAUCACUGAAAAGAGGAGGCUGACCUCUCCUCCCCCUACCCCCAACCCACAGAUUUCCUCAUCUGCCAUGACACCUUCCGGUGGGUGGGGAUGUGUGUGGGCAAACUGGCAGACUGGGAACCAUGGAGUCUGAGGAAAUCUACACGAAGAAGAAGGUCAAGAUGCAGGCGGUAGCCUUCAAAGAUAAGAAACAGAGGGCUCCAGCCAAUAAGGAAGGUGCAGAUAACCCUGACUAUGAGAAUAUCACCUUGACCUUCAGAAACCAGGACCAGCUGAAGGGCAGGCAUUCACCAUCCAAGGAUCAGCACAAGCAACCACCUGCCAACACACAUCGUGCAGCCUUGGGAGGGGCCCAUGUCCCCACCCUGUCUAGGCAGCCCUCAGACUCCGCCCAGGUCCCUCAUUGUCUGCACAGAGCCCUUAUGAGCCUGCACAUCAUUCUCAUCCUGUCCUGUGUCAUUCUCUUGGCAGUGGUCCUGGCAAAGAAUUCUGAGAUGUCCCGGGAGUUGCUGGUCUUGAAGAGGGAGCUCUGGAAUGUCUCCACCUUGGUGCGCGGGUGUCAAGAGGAGCAGAAUCAGGGCUGGAGCUCGGUCCAGCAGCUCGUCAUGGAGGCCAAGCAGGACAUUAAUGUGGUCAAGAGAGAUGUCCAGGCCGAGAGUGAUAAAGUGAAGACGCUAUCAGCAGACAUGAACCAAAUCAAGCAUAAGUUACAGGAAAUCUCCAAUGCACUGGAGAAGAAGAGCCCAAGCUCAUAGACCUCAACAGAUGGGGAGACCUCGAAGACCCGGCUGCACCUCCCAGUGAAGCCAGCCACAUGUGUGUAUCAUGGUGUGUUAUGAGCGUAAUGCAUGACACAGUGGGUGGCUGUGUCAGCAAGGACCCCCAAAAGUGUGUCACUGUGAAUGUGGGUGUUGGCAACAUGGGGAGCACGGUGACCACAUGUGAGUGUCCUGUGGUAUGUUGUACAAAUGUGUCCUGGUGGAGCUGUGUGGGGGGCACCCUGUGUGCCACUAUAAUUGUGGUGUCACCGCGUGUGCCGUCAUUGCUUAUGUUGGUGUGAACAGGCGUGUGCCAAUAUGUGUGACUGAUCAUGUCAUCGAGGGUGUUCAGAGCCUGUACACAUGUAUGCCCCUUUGUUUCUGCACUCACGGUUUGUGAUUUGUGAGGAUAAAGACCGAUGCAAAAGAA